GUAUAGCUUUUGGUAAUAAAAUUGUGAAAACAAGAUCUUAUCACAUGCAUGAACUUUGGCAGUGAAUCUCAAGUGACUUGGUUCACUAGGUUCCCUCCCACACACCCUCAAUCCUCUUUGCUUCUCACCAAAGUCUAUGCCCCUCUUUAUCUCGUUUAUAUAUAACAUCAAUUCAAACCACUCAAAAAACACAUACAAACAAAACUAAUAUAGUGUUUUUGCUUUAUAACAUACAAUGUUGGAUUGGGGCCCGGUUUUUGUUUCAGUGGUACUCUUCGUGUUGUUCACACCAGGGUUACUGUUUCAGCUCCCAGGACAAAGGCGUUGUGUUGAGUUUGGCAACUUUCAGACGAGUGGAGCAGCUGUCUUGAUACAUACAUUGCUUUUCUUUGGCUUCAUAUGUCUCUUCAUGUUUGCCGUUAAGAUCCAUCUCUACGUUAGCUAAUUAAAACCGAAAAGAUCACAAUUAUGUCUGAUUUUUAAGUUUUCAAAUUAUUUGUUGAAUUUCUAAUGUUUUUG